CUUCCUAUCCGGAGGCGGGCCCUCCGCGGGCACCCUCCCGCGGCUCAGUUUUCGGGCUGAAGUCUGGGAAGCAUCUCCCGCCCUCACAGACCCAAUCCAGAAAUCGAAACUGAAACGGUCUCCAUGCAGAAGGCUCCUGCACCCCCUGGAUCUCCUUGUCAACAACCAGACUCUGCCCUGACUCCCACACCCACCAUGCCUCCCCCAGAGGAGCCCACCGAAGACGGUGAACACAGCCAAAGCCCUGCGGAGCAAGCCUUCAAUGAGGAAUUUCAGUUUCUGCUGUGCCCGGGCUGCCAGGCCCAAGCCAAAUGCCCCAAACUUCUGCCUUGCCUGCACACGUUGUGCUCCGGAUGCCUGGAGGCGCCUGGCCUGCAGUGCCCCAUCUGCCAGGCCCCGGGCUCGGCAGGUGCUAAUGUGGAGGCCCUGGAUAACGUCUUCUUCGAGAGCCUGCAGCGGCGCCUGGCGGUAUUCCGGCAGAUCGUGGACGCACGGGCUGCGUGCACCCGCUGCAAAGAGUUGGCUGACUUCUGGUGCUUCGAGUGUGAGCAGCUCAUGUGCGGCAAGUGCUUCGAUGCACACCAGUGGUUCCUCAAACACGAGGCCCGGCCCCUGGCCGAGCUCCGCGACAGCUCGGUGAGCGAAUUCCUCGACAGCACGAGAAAGUCCAAUAUCUUCUGCUCCAAUUCCAACCACCGCACCCCUGCGCAGACCAGCAUCUACUGCCGAGGCUGUUCCAAGCCUCUGUGUUGCUCAUGUGCGAUCCUGGACCGCAGCCACAACCAUCUCCAGUGCGAUAUUGGUGAGGAGAUCCAGCAGCGGCAUGAGGAGCUGGGCACCAUGACACAGGCUCUGGAGGAGCAGGGCCGACUCUUCGACAGUGCCCAUGCACAGAUGCGCUCAGCCAUAGGCCAGCUGGACGACGCACGCGCAGACAUUGAGAAGCAGAUCCGCGCACGCGUGCGCCAGGUGGUAGAAUAUGCGCAGGCUCAGGAGCGUGAGCUGCUCGAGGCAGUGAAUGUCCGCUACCAGCGCGACUACCAGGAAAUAGCUGGCCAGCUGGGCUGCCUGGAAGCUGUGCUGCAGCGCAUCCGCACUAGUGGGGCACUGGUCAAAAGGAUGAAGCUCUACGCCUCCGACCAGGAGGUGCUGGAUAUGCACACCUUUCUGCGCAAGGCACUCUGUGGCUUGCGUCAGGAGGAGCCCCAGAACCACAAAGUCCGGCUGCUCACCAGCGGCUUCGAGGAGUUCAAGUUGUGCCUGCAGGACCUCAUCUCCUGCAUCACCCAGAGGACAAAUGCAGCUACAGCUAGGAGAGCCAGCCCAGAGGCAGCCAGCACUCACCCAGAGGCAGCCAGCACUCACCCAGAGGCAGCCAGCACUCACCCAGAGGCAGCCAGAACUCCUGAGGACUCGAUUGACCUUGAGCAGCCCAAAGAAAUGCAGAGGGUCCAGGCUCAGGCCCUGGAGCUGUCUAAGACCCAGCCUGUGGCUAUGGUAAAGACAGUGCCUGGAGCACACCCUGUACCAGUGUAUGCCUUCUCUAUGAAAGGCCGCACCUACAGAGAGGAGGCUUCUCAGACUGUUGGCCCCAUGAAGAGGAAGUGCUGCCGCAAAGAUUGCUCCAGGAAGAUCAUCAAGAUAGAGUCCACAGAAGAGAAUGAAGACAGGUUGUCUACAAGCUCCCCUGAGCAGACCAGGCCCAGCACUUCCAAGGCCACCUCCCCUCCCCUUCUGGAUGGGACUUCCAGCCCUGAGAGCACCAUCCCUGAAAAAGAGACCCUCCUGCCCAUCAACAAUCAUGUUACCAGCAACACAGGGGAAACAGAGGAGCGAAUCGUGGUGAUCAGCAGCUCAGAGGACUCAGAUGCCGAGAAUCUGUUUCAGAGGGUCGGUCCAUGGUCAGCAGGGAGCUUGGCAGCAGGCAGCAUGCAUGGUGUGGAGCCAGAGCCGAGAAUUUACAUCUGAUCCACAAACACAAGUUACAGAGAGAGCUGCUAACUGGGAAUGACAUAGACUAUUGAAACCUCAAAGUCCACUACUAGUGGCCCACCUACUCCAACCAGGCCACGCCCCCCAAUCCUUCCCAAACAGUUCUACCAACCGGGGUCCGGUGAUUCAAGCAUGGGAGCUUAUGAGGAACAUUCUCAUUCAAACCACCACAGAAGCCCUAUGCAAGCUUUUACUUCAUGUUAGAAAACUUCUUUGAAGGCAUCUGAUAAUGAAACCAGUGACUCUUCUGUACCUGGAGGCAUGUCAUCAGAGACUGUGUUGUUACAUGUCCAGGGAAAGCAAAGCAUGAGGAGAGUAAGAGGUUAGACUGGAGGACCCUACGGUCCCCAAGCUCACAGCCUGAGAUUCCAUGUUGGAGCGUGUACAGAGUGUGUGCAGAACCCUCAUUACCAGCACACACCUCCCUGCUGAGCACCUGCAGAACCUCCCACCUACAUUGGACCGCCCACCCCAGCAGGACCUGCAGUCUGCACCGAGGCACCUGCCACCCACCGAUUGAUCCCACUGAGCAAGCUCUGACUCUGAUGCUUCCCUCCAGCCUCCCACUUGCCCGAAGUAUGCUGCCGUCCUCUGUCAGAUCUGCAUGUUCUCACACAAAGCAAGGAGAGCUACCUGCCUUCACCACACCCUUGGUAGCCUGUCCUCCAGGGGUCCUGUACCCCGACAACAGGCCUCCUCUUGUAGUUUAGGCCACUGCUCCUGACACCACAGGGCUUCCCAGGUGUCCUGCUGACGCCCACACACAGAGGGGCAUCAGCACACUCUGCUGCAUGCACAGAACCUUCUAGUCCCUUGGUUGCUCCCCCGGGGCUCCCCCAGGUUUCACCAGUGGCUUUGCAACUUACCUUUCCCCCUUGCUUCUCCGUGGCUUCUCAGCCCAAUGCUUCUUCCAUGGGUGUCACUCAGGAAGCAGGUCCCCCACUCCAGAGAUUCUAACAAAGCCCCCAUGGAGGAUCCCCAAGUUCAAAGCCCUGAAGUCUUUGAAAUUUCAGUAUCACCAUACUACCCAACCAAGAGGCCACAUGUCUACCAGUCCAGGCGUGGGCCCUCUAUCUGCUGGGCCUCUGAGAACCCGAGUUCUUCUUCCUCCAUGGUGUGGCCACCGCAUCUCACUCCACAGUCUUAUGGCCAGAUAUCCCUGCCCGUGAAUGCAGAGAUUCUGACCAUCCCAAAGCCUGGCAGGUAUGACUGCUCAAUAAAUACUUUUCGGUAAUUUCCAUUGUGAACCCUUUUUCCCAUGGCCAUCAGAUCCCGUGCGGGAGCUUCCCUGCGGGGCCGUUUGUCUUCUCCCAGAAUGGAACUUAGCUCUUCUCAGGGGAAGGCCAUGACUUUCUUCCUUCCACACUAUGAGAAUCCAAAGUAGGCAGGGCGAGGCCUCUACUAUUACAGUCUAUCCCUGGUGGCUUUGAGGUCCAAUUCUUAGUGUCUCAGACAUCUGCCCACAUCCCUUCUCGUGGAGAAAAGAUAGGGCCUCCCCCCCACAUCCCCCAGAUUUCUUCUUCCCCUUCAUGUCUUGUUUUCUUCCUGAUUGGUUUCAACUCCCACCAUCUGACCGCUCCUUGGCAAGUCAAGGAUCUUCAGCCCGUUAGUCACGUCAGCUGACAACCAACCGCAUGACCCACACCAUGUGCCUCGACACCAUCUCUGAAUGGACUGCUCGGAUUCAGACCACACAGCCUUAUGUUUUGUGAGCUCUCAAAUCUGCCAUCAACCCCUACCAGCUCUCCCUUCUUCAAGCUUCAUCUCUUAGAGAUCUGCUGGUAGAAACAACCACAGGAAGAUCCUGGGCCGGGUUGACUCUCUGCUGCCCCCUGGAGACAUGUUAGAGAAAAGCCACACAAGAAGGCAAAGAUCUAAAGACUUCUGAUCUCCUGUUCUCAUUUGGCUCCUCGGGGACAGUUCUUCUCUGAGCUUCAUCCUGAUCCUCCCUCUAACCUGUUGACUGUACCUUCUGCUCCUGGGAGGAAACAGAAGCCCUUUUGGCAGUGUGGGAAUCGUGGGCAUCUGCUACCUAAUUACAGAUUUGCCUGCUGUUGGCACGUCCCUUCAUCUGCCACUUCUGCCUGGUUGGCGGGGGAGUCUGUCUGCCUCUAAGACCCACACCUGAGUCCUGGCCCAGUCCCUGCCCUGUGAGAAGCCUCACUCUUGUCUCCUGCUCACCCUCUGUGUCCUCUGAUUCAUCCACUUUCUUCUUGCCAAUCACUGCCCACUCCUGCUUCCCCGUUGGCCUAUGUUUUCCAUCCCACUUUCUGCAUCUCCUCACCAUGCCGAUACCCUCUACCUGUUGAUACCAGGGAAGCUCUAGGCCUCUCGGCACCGUGGUCCCAGAUAGUCCAUAGCAUUCUUGACCAAGGUUGGCCUCUCCCAGAAGUCUGUUUCUCUUUGCAUUUCUGGGUGCUCCAUUCCAGGUCUCCUUGCUCUUGUAAAGGCUGGCAUUCUGGCUUUGGUUCUGGGCCUCUUUCCUGUGUAUUGUGUACAGUGUCUGGGUAAGGACAGCCCGUUCUGACUGGUUACUGUCUAGAAGGAACUGAUGCCCGUGCUUGCUCCUGCCUGCUAGAGUAGAAUGCCAGGGCCUCCCAGCAGCUUUGCCCAGAAGCCCCAUGUGCACUGUGCCCACUGUCCCUGACUCUCCCCUUGGAUUACACUCUACCCUCUGCAGAGGUGCUGCCGAGGGCAGGGCACCCCUUGUAACUGUUUCUCACCUGUAGCCAACAUUUAGUCCUUGCCUUUCCGUUGUUGCCUAUAGUCCUUGUUACCUGGGUGUUCCUUUCUAUCUCAUCAUCUUUGAUAAUGCUCAAGCUACUGGCCCCGGAUGGAACUGGAAACCUAGGAAGGAACAGUGGAGGAAAGUAUUCCAGCGGUUUCCCUGGACAUUGUUCAUGGCUGAGCUCAGGAGAUGCCACGAGCGCUGUAGCAGGUGGGGAGAGGACAAUGAGAUCCAACCGUCAGUGGGUUAGCAGCAUCUCCAAGAGAGGAGGGACAUGCACACUUCAGGUUAGGAAGAGGUGACCAUUGCUCACGGUGCAGAGCAAGCCUGGGGGGCAGAAGAGUCCAUUGCUUCAGUGUAUAUAUGUAAAAACUAACCGUUAGAGAAGUCCCAAAUUUAAAAAUAAACUGAACCCUUCAUGUCUUUCA